AUGCUCGGUGCUCAAGCCGCUCAAGCCUGCUCAUCCUUCGUAUUCGAUACGCCGAAAGGCAAUCAGAUCGUUGGCCGCACCAUGGAACUCGGGUUUGAGGCCGGAGAACGGUUCAUUAUCGCACCGCGUGGCUAUGAUUUGCUGGGUGUGACCGGCCCCAUCGGUUAUGUCGGGAUGCGCCAUGCUGAUACCGAAUGGAUUUCGUCAGGCAUGAACGAGCAUGGGCUCAAUAUCGAGUCGCUGGCCCUGGCAGCGUCGCAAUUCGCGCCUGAAGGUGAAAGCGCCUAUAACUAUCUCAACAUUGGCGCCUACAUCCUGGCAAAUGCCAAGAGCGUCGAUGAAGCGGUUGAACUGCUCAAGAACACCAAGGUUUCGACCACAAAGAUCGCCGUUGCGAAUUAUGUCGAAGUCGGGAUGCAUUUCGCCAUUGCCGACAAAAACCGUCGGAUUGUUGUUGAGUGGCAGAAUGGAUCUGGAUAUCCGGAGAUAUUCGAGAACUACGUCGGCGCAAUGACUAACGACCCACCUUAUCAGGACCAGCUGGGCAACGUGAAAGCGAUGCUCGACAUGCAGGGCGACACGCUCGACACAGGGCAGGCUAAGGCAUCGGAACAGACGUUUACCGGGUUCGACAAGUCACCUCGUGGUCGUUUUGAGCAAGCCGCUGCUUUGAAUUACGUCCUGGACAAGUCAGUUCUCGAAACUGAUCUCGAUGCGGUCAAUGCGGCUUGGACAAUGGUGAACGUGUUCGAUAUCCCGCGUGGCACGCUGUACUGGCGCUGGCUGGAUCCAGCACCGCAAAUGGCUGGCUACAGUAUCGUCGCUGAUACCGGCAAUGCAGAUUACUAUUUCCGGACCUACGACAACAUGCAGAUCCGCAAAAUCGACGUGGACAGCCUGGAUUGGGAAACCGCCGAAUACACCGAAAAACCAAUUUUCGGCACGCUGGAAGAAAGUGGAUACCCGGACUUCCUGAAUUAG